AUGCAUGGACCCGAAGGGAGGUUGGGGCCGGCCGGUGGGAAAAACUGGGGAAUGGGGAAAAAAAGGAAAAACUCAGCUCCGAGUUCCGGUUUUGGCAAAAGACAGAUGGGUAAUGCGAGGGGAUACGCUAUAUAUGUCCCUCGAGCUGCGUACUUAGAUAUCAUGCGCCGCGGAACAUUCCAGGGACUUUUCUUCUUCUGCAAGCCUAUGUAUGGAGGAAAAAGAAAGUCUACACAAGUUUUUCAAUUAAGAUCCAAUGCCUACCCCUCGAGAUAUGGAAUUUCUUUUGGCUAUGCCUUCUAA